AUGCCGGAACCUCGUAUCAUGACCAUAUCUGCGGUGCCGGACACCGGCGCCAUUCCUCCAUCGGGUGCGCUGCAUGAGAACACUUGGUAUAAUCGGGAUUUCAAUGGGUAUCGUAUCUCCGAACACCCCCUCUUCGAAAAACGGCGCCUACGAGUUGUUUGUGUUGGUGCCGGUGCUUCUGGACUCCAGCUUGCCCACAAGGCCGAGCGACUACUAGAGAAUGUCGACCUUCAGAUCUACGAGAAGAACUCAGACAUCGGCGGCACCUGGCUGGAGAACCGCUAUCCCGGCUGUACUUGCGACAUUCCGUCCCACUCCUACCAGUUCACUUGGGCGCGAAACCCUUCCUGGUCCAGCUUCUACUCUGGUUCGGAGGAAAUAUGGCAGUAUAUGAAGGAUAUCGCCGUCAAGUACGAAUUGGAAAAGUACGUCCAGCUGGACACAGCGGUCCAGUCUGCUGAAUGGGACGAGGAAUCUGGUCACUGGAAUUUGAAACUUUCAAGUCCAGACGGAUGCGCCAACGACGACUGGUGUGACAUCUUGAUAUCCGCGUCCGGCAUCGUCAAUGCGUGGAAGUAUCCUGCAAUACCGGGGCUUGAUUCGUAUAAGGGAAAACUGAUGCACUCCGCGCGCUGGGACAGUUCUUUCGAUUUGACUGACAAGACCGUGGCCGUCAUUGGCGGUGGCUCAUCCGCAGUGCAGAUCAUCCCAAACAUCCAGCCUCAAGUCGGCAAGAUGUAUGCCUUCUUGCGAUCCCCCGUUUGGAUCACCACCGGCUUUGGUGCCAAGUAUGCUGGACCAGGGGGCACGAAUUUCAAGUACUCGGCUGAACAGAUUAAAGAGUUCCAGGAUAACCCCGAAGUGCUAAGGAAAUACUGCCGCGAAAUCGAAGGGGAGUUGAACAAACGCUUUAACCUUAUGCACGGCAACUCUAAGGAUCAGCAAAUUUCUAGAGAGCUUAUCGCCGACAUCAUGAAGGAGAGACUGGGCGACGAGAAGCUUGCCGAGAAUCUGGUUCCUGAAUUUGCUCUUGGCUGUCGCCGAAUGACCCCAGGGUCCGGAUAUCUGGAGAGCCUCUCGAAGGAAAACGUGGAGGUCAUCCACAAGAGCGUUGUGCGCUUGACUGAGGUUGGUGUGGUUGACGAGGACGGUUUUGAACAUAAAGUCGACGCUGUCAUCUGCGCCACCGGAUUUGAGACAUCGUUCGCACCUCAGUUUACGGUCAUUGGCCGGAAAGGAGCAAACAUCAAGGAACAAUUCGGCGAUUUCCCACAAGGAUACCUCGGUAUCUCGACUGCGAACUUCCCAAAUAUGUUCCUUUUGGCCGGGCCUAACUGCCCCUCAAGCCACAGUUCGAUCUUGCCAAUCAUGGAGUGGUAUACUCGCUAUAUUUUCCAGAUGAUUGAAAAGAUGCAAACGGAAAAUAUCAAGUCGUUCGAGGUCAAAGAGGAUGCAGUCAAAGACCUGUAUGACCACACCCACGAGCUAAUGAAACGCCUGGUUUGGUCGUCGCCCUGCCGCUCAUGGUUCAAGAACGGUAAAAUCCACGGCCCUGUUACAGCCAUAUACCCCGGCUCGCGGCUGCAUUUCUUCGAGAUGCUGAAGAAUGUCCGAUGGGAGGAUUAUAAACUGGAAUACAAGGGGGCGAAUAGGUUCCAAUUUAUGGGAAAUGGCUUUACACAUUGCGAAAGCAGUGUGGAGGGCGACCCGGUGUGGUAUUUUGAUGACCCUUUUGUCCUAGUUUGA